AUGGAUGCCGUGAAAGUGAAUUUGGCAGCAAUGAAUUUAAAGUUGAAUGAUGUUGAUGAAAAGUUGGAUAGGAAUGAGAAAAAGUUGGAUAGAAAUGAGAAGAGAGUUGAGACAAACGUGAAAGCAGUGGAAGAAAAUGUGGUUGCAAAAGUUGAACUUGUUCAAGAACAACUUAAGAAGCAGGAAGAAAGCAAUCGUCAGCUUAAGGCGGACAAUGUAGAAAUGAAGAAAAGUUUAAACCAAAUGACGAAACAACUGGAAAGAUUGACACAACAAACAUCGCACGAAGUUCAGACUGAACAAGAGCAUGAAAAGAAGGGAAUUGCAGAAGCUGAUGGAAUAGACAGAGAGCCGAAGGUUGUUGUUGUUGGAGGCUGGAAUGGUCAAGAAAGUGUAAAUUCUGUGGAAAUGUUUGGUCUCUCCAAUGCAAUGUGGGCACCACUGCAGCCAACGAAAGAGCCCCGUUAUUUAGCAUCUUUAGUUGUUUACAACAAUCAAAUUUUUGUCGUUGGAGGUUAUUGUAACGGUCAUGUAAUCAAGUCAAUAGAGAAAUUAUCAAUGAAUGCUGUUGAAGUUGACCAGUCCAUAACUUGGGAAAACGUUCUUACUGAGUUACCUGGGCCAAUGUGGGGACACCGCAGUGUAGUUUAUAAUGGGCGGUUGAUAGUAAUUGGAGGUUAUGAUGUUGAUAAAAGUGCAUAUUCUGAUAAGAUUACUGAGGUUUCUCUUGUUCCACCUUAUACCAGUAAGGUGCUGGCUACCAUGCCACAGACAAGGUGGUUCCAUUGUGUUGUAUUGUUUGGUGGUAAGAUUGUAAUUCUUGGAGGGGGAAAAGAUGCGAAAUAUACCACAAGCCUUAAAAGUGUGUUAAUGUAUGAUAUUGUUAAGAAUGAAUGUAAGGAGUUGGCACCCCUGCCUUACCCCGUGAGUGAAAUGGCCGCAGUCAAGUGGGGUGAUGAUAAUGUUAUUAUAGUGGGUGGAGUCGACAGUGAUGAUAAUCCAUUGAACAAAGUUUUAAUGUACAACAUCAGGACCCAGACGAGUUUCAUGUUGCCUGACAUGAAGUAUAAGAGGAGAGGAUGUGUGGCUGCAAUUGUCAGAGACACUGUGAUUGUCAUGGGAGGCAAAGAUGGGAGAGGAAAUUACUUAAAGUCCGUGGAAAAUUUUAAAUUUGAUCGCUUCACCUGGGACGAACUUCCAGAAAUUCAGAAAGCAAGAACCGGAGCUUGUGCAGUUGUAUGUUAA